GUUGAAUAUAGAAAAAUCAAACAGAGCGCAACAACGACAAGGGAAAAAAGAGGAAAAAUUAUAAAUCACAUGAAAUACAGACUCUUAAGGAUGAACAUAAAGGAAUCAGACGACGGACAGCAAAGAAAAAAAAGAAAACGAGUAAAACAAUCGGAAGUGGAAAAUGAGAAGGGGAAGCAGAAAAAGGGACAAAGAAACAAACGGAAGGAAAAACACUCAUCUUUAUACAACAUAGAAAUAAAAGGAAUUCCUAAAUACAAGAGACAGAUGAGGAAAAGAAAAAAAUAUAU